AUGCAACAACCUUCACCGAUAAAACUUAUUUAUGAUUUAGCUCGACGAAAUAAAAUAUUUAUUAAAUAUCGACUGGAAAAAGAGUCAGGUCCAGCUCAUGCAAAAAUGUAUACAAUUCGACUUUAUGUGGGUGAUAAAGACUAUGUUAGUGCUGAGCGUAGUAUUAAAUUAGCACAGCGUGCAGCUGCUCAAUUAGCUCUUGACGAUCUUCGAAAUUUACUGAUUACAAAUAACUAUGAUCAAGAUAUUUCACAAAUAAAUGUCUUUCAAUCACCAACUGUUGCAUUAAAUACAUGGGCUAAUCGAAAUCAUAUUUCAACACAUUAUGUUUUACUCAAUGAACGUUUAAAAUCAACAUCAUCAAAUUAUUCUCGUAGUCUUUUUUAUUAUCGUCUUUAUCUUGGUCAUGAUUUAUAUUUUGAUGGACAUGCUUAUACACAUCAACAAGCUCGUACUAAUUGUGCACUUAAUGCUUUAUAUUUCUUACGUCAAAAUCCAAUAUCAACACAACAAUUAAAUAUUUUAUCAUCAUCAUCAUCAUCAUCAUCUAUUUCAAAAAACAAUCAUCAAACAAAAUCUGAUAUAUCACUUAUGUAUGAACGUGCUAAACAACUUGGUCUUUCUGUUCAUAGGAAAUUUGAUGAUCCAUUUACUGUUACAUAUCAAAUUGGUGAAAACUAUUCAACAACUGGUAAUGGUUAUAAUAAGCAAUCAGCUAAACAAUUAGCUGCAAAAAAAAUGUUAGAAAUUUUACCAUUAAAUCAUAUUCAAGAAAAUUUCAAUCCAAUAACACGUAUUUAUCAAUUAGCUCAACAACGACAAGUUAAAAUUGAAUUUAUACAAUUAUUUAAUAAAGAAAAUUUUACUUUUCAAAUUAAAUUUGGUAAUAAUGAUAUAGCUGAAGGUUAUGGUAAAACAAAAAAAUUAGCUAAACAAAUUGCUGCUAAAAUAUUACUUGAAAAAUUAGAUUCUAUUAUUAUUUUACCACCACCACCAAUUAAAGGUUUACUUAAACGAGAUGGAAAUAAUGAUAAUAUAAAUAAACAAGAAAAAAAACAUGUACAUUUUGUUGAAGAAAUUAUUGAAAAAGAUGAACGAAGAUCUUGUAAAUCAUCAUCAUCAUCAUCAUCAACAAUUUCAAAAUCAUAUAAACAACAAUUAAUUGAAGCUUGUGAAAAAUUAAAUAUUCAUGUUGAAUAUUUAGAUAAAAUGAAUGAAAAUGAGAAUGCCGGUAGUUCACGAUAUCAAUCAAUAGUUAGUUUAUCAACUGAUGAUCGUCUUCUUGCACAAUUUCGUGGUCAUGGUCCAUCAUUAAUACGUGCACAAGAAAAUGCUUCAUCAGCUAUUUGGAAUAAUUUAAAACAAUUAUUUAAUGGAUCUAUUCAAGUACCAAAAUCGAAAAGAAAUGAAAAAAAUUAUCGACAAAUUUCUGUUGAAUAA